AUGAGUAUAGCAGACCGCACGGAUCCAGGCCGGGAUCCUGUGCAGGCCGCGGAACUGGUGAAGAUAGGGGGCGAACACCCCGAGUAUCAGGCCCAAAUACAGGCCGAGGUCCUGUGGCUGUUCGCCGCCCUGGCCGCCUUGAAGUUGAUAGUACACGUGUUGCCCGACAAACGAGUACAAUUGGCGGCGGUUGAAUGA